AGGGAAACGUAUUGCAUUUUCCCGCCAAAUACCUCCCAACGCCUAUUUAGCAUUUCCCGUGCAACUCCCCUAACCCUAACCCUAAACCAGGAGCCCAGCAUCGACAGCCUCGUGUAAGAAGCAGCCGACCGAAGGAGGGAGAAGAGGCGAGGGGAAGUGGAGAGGUCAAGAUGUUGGAGCUCCGGUUGGUGCAAGGAAGCCUGCUGAAAAAGGUGCUGGAAGCCAUCAAGGAGCUGGUCACCGAUGCCAACUUCGACUGCUCCGCCACCGGCUUUUCGCUCCAGGCCAUGGACUCCAGCCACGUCGCCCUCGUCGCCCUCCUACUCCGAUCCGAGGGCUUCGAGCAUUACCGCUGCGAUCGCAACCUCUCCAUGGGGAUGAACCUCGGCAACGUCUCCAAGAUGCUACGGUGCGCCGGCUCCGACGACAUCAUCACCAUCAAGGCCGACGACGGCAGCGACACAGUCACCUUCAUGUUCGAAAGCCCAAAUCAAGACAAAAUUGCUGAUUUUGAAAUGAAGCUGAUGGACAUAGACAGUGAACACCUUGGCAUUCCAGAUGCUGAGUACCAAGCCAUCGUGAGGAUGCCUUCUGGGGAAUUUUCAAGGAUUUGCAAAGAUCUGAGCAGCAUAGGAGACACUGUGAUCAUUUCAGUGACCAAGGAAGGAGUCAAGUUCUCAACUGCUGGAGACAUUGGAACUGCCAACAUUGUUUGCAGGCAAAACAAGACAGUAGAUAAGCCUGAAGAAGCCACUGUCAUUGAAAUGCAAGAGCCUGUGUCGUUAACUUUUGCUCUGAGGUACCUGAACUCCUUCACCAAGGCAACACCGCUCUCUGAGACUGUAAGCAUCAGCCUAUCGUCCGAUCUGCCGGUUGUGGUUGAGUAUAAAAUUGCAGACAUGGGAUAUGUAAGGUAUUAUCUUGCACCAAAGAUUGAAGAGGAAGAGGACAUGAAGCCAUAAAACCUUCCUACUACCUUCAGCUCAUGCUUCAGUGUUUAUAUGAAAAAGCUUCUAUUUCUAAUGUAAGAUUCUGUGUGUGGACUUGAAUUAUUAUUCACUCUGUUACUUUCAGUAGGGUUUCAUUUUGUUAAGGUUCAGUUUGGAACUUGAGAAAGUGGUCUUGAUUCAAUUGUAGUUGACUUUUAAUCAGUUAAUGAUUUUAGCAUUGUAAAA